CUCAGUCAUCUUCAUUCUUUUGAGCAUGCUUUAUUUCCAAAGCAAGAAGCCAUCAUGGGAGACCUUUUUUCCUUAUUUUGGGAGGUGGAUCCUCCUCCCCUACCUUUAAGUUUUCCUAUUCCAAGUCAGGAUUAUGAAUGCCAGAAGGAUGACUCUUGCGGGGCAAUAGGGAGCUUCCUGCUUUGGUAUUUUGUCAUUAUAUUGGUCCUGAUGUUCUUCUCGCGGGCUUCUGUCUGGAUGUCAGAGAAGAAAAAGGAUGAAGACAGCGGGACCAGCACCUCGGUCAGUAAAGCAAGCAAAGAUGCUUCCUUUAAGCGGCAAAGCAAAGAUGGUGACUGGGCCUCUUUACAAAUGAUGAGAAAAGUAAAACAGAGCCAACUCACCCCUGUACCUGACUCUGAAGUGGCUUUGGUCAACGCCUCUCUGGAACAAAGACGAGCCAGGCGCCAUUCUCAAUUCAGCCGGGUGGAUCAGACCCAACGUGACAGUGAUACUACCGAGUGUGACGGUGAAGAAUCUAACUCAGGAGCCUCUUCAUGGAAGGAGAGUGAAAGUGAACAUCACCCAUCACCAGCUAGUAUUCAGAAGAGGAAAAUAGCUCAGAGGCAAAGGAAUGCGGGAAGCUACCAAACCAGGGAAAGGCCCUGCCUCCACUGCAAAGCCAUGAGAACCAGUGAGUGGUUGACGCGCCAUUUCCUUCAAAACACUUCAGGAACAACCCACACGAAGGCAGAUAUUCGAGAGGAAAAUCGUGUACCUGACAUUAGCACAAAGUACAGCAAAAUUUGAAUUUUAUCAAGUCCUUACCUUACGCGAAGCCAAAUGAAAGAGAUGAAUAAAACACAAAAAAUCACCAGAGCUCUAGGUGAGGAGGCUUUUACAAUAGAGUCUCUCUACUGACAACGAAAACAUACUUGGAACCCAAGAGGUAAAAUUUCUGAUAAUCCCUUGUCCAAAAACAGGCCAGUGAAUUUGUUUAUGGCACCGUUACAACAUCAAAGAUCUGCAUCUCCUAUGGGUUUUUAUUUAUUCAAAAGAGCACAAGACAUAUUUUAUUCCUUGCGUAUUUGUAUUUUGUUUAUGUCUGUACUACAAAUAAGGAAGCUCUUUGAAAAUAUAUUUAU